AUGGCCGAAAACCCAUCUCUUCGUUACAAUUUAACACGUUCCACAGCAAUUCUGACCAUGGAACCACUGGGCAUACCACCAUCCAUAAUGUUAGCCUUAUUCAUUUUUGCCAUCAUCACAUAUUGUCUAAUUUUGCUUUUCCAUUCUAUGCUACUUGUGACUAUUUCUGCAAAAAGGAAUCUGCACGAGCCGAUGUACAUACUGCUGUUUAAUUUGUCCUUAUGUGACCUAAUGGGAGCUACAGGUUUUUACCCUCAGCUGCUUUGCAGUAUAUUAUUACAGAGUAGAGAAAUCUCCUACCCUGCUUGUGUCUUACAAGGCAUUCUUCUCCACCUCUAUGGAACCGGAUCUCUUUUAUUUCUCACUGUUAUGUCUUAUGACCGAUACAUUGCUAUUUGCGAACCUUUGAGAUACCACAGUCUGAUGACUCGAGGUACCUUGGUGAAAUCUAUAUGCUUGGUCUGGGCCAUCGAUUUUGUUAUGAUCGGAGCUUUAUUUGUGCUCACGCUGAGCAAAGAGAUCUGCAGGACCAAUAUAGUAGACACGUACUGUAAUAAUCCGUCCUUAAUGAAGCUAAUCUGUGAUGAUGUGAGCGUGGUUAACAUCUAUGGCCUGUUUAUUAUCGCUCUCGUUCAAGGCUUUUCUGUGAUGAUGGUAUCAAUAACAUACAUAAAAAUCUUGAUAACGUGUCUUUCUACCAAACAGGCUAAAUCUAUAAGUAAGGCGAUGCAAACGUGCGGGACACAUUUAGUGGUUUUUCUGACUUUUGAGGUGAACAUAUUCUUACUGCUGGUUUCUCACAGGUUAGAAGCAGUAUCUCCACAUUUACGAAGAGCCUGCGGUGUCGCGAUUGCUAUUAUUCCCCCGAUUUUUAAUCCUUUGAUUUAUGGGUUGAAAACAAAAGAAAUACGUCAGACAGUGUUCAGGUUCUUACAGGAAAAGGUAUCCUCAAGCUAA